GAAGUUACUCUUCUGCUUUUGUGCUUCUGUGGUUUCUGUCUGUUACAGAGUGUGUCACACUCCCCUCUCCUUCCUCUCAAACGCAGCCCUCUGUACUCACUCACCAGAGGAGUUCUCGGUCAACAAAUUUCUCAGGAAAAAAAGGGUUUGUGUAAAGGUUUCCUCCUGGAUUACUUGUGGAGAUUAGUGAUGGGGAAUGCGGCUGCAGGAGGCUUGGAGCAGCCAUCAGGUGAGGGCCGGGAGGCCAGGAACUCAGCUUCUGGAACGAGUGACCAAGCUCCAACCUUGCAGAAGAAGCAGCCAGCUCCCCCCAAACUGCCCAUGCCUCCAGAGGAGGAGCUGGAGGAGCGCUUCAAUGUGGUGUUGAGCUACAUGAACUUGCCUCCAGACAAAUUGAAGCUUUUGAGUCAGUACGACAACGAAAAGAAGUGGGAAUUAGUCUGUGAUCAGGAACGCUUCCAAGUGAAGAGCCCCCCAUCCAUUUACCUGACCAAGAUCAAGAGCUUUUACCAAGACCAAGGCGGCGUGUCUCGCAGGCUGAAGAAACGGAUCCAAGAAGCCACCCAGGUCCUUAAAGAUUUGGAGAUAUCCCUUCGCACCAAUCACAUUGGAUGGGCCCAAGAGUUUCUCAAUGAGCAGAACAAAGGUUUGGAUGUUCUGGUGGAAUACCUGUCCCAUGCACAAAGUGACGCCUCGUUUGACGUGGAAAGUGUUGAGAAUGGCACGCUGUCAGAGAAAGGAAAACCAGCAGAGAGGUCAAUGGAAGACUUGACCAAGAGCCCCAGCAGCUCCCAGUCACAUGGGAUGACCAGAGCUGCUCGUGCACUGACUGUAAGAAUAAGCUCCACUCUGGGGAACAGAAUACAUAAGAAGUCCCAUUCAUCCAACCAGAGAGAUGAUGUACAUGUGUGCAUUAUGUGCCUGCGAGCCAUCAUGAACUACCAGUCUGGUUUUAACCUGGUGAUGACUCAUCCGCGCUGUGUGAACGAGAUCACGCUCAGUCUUAACAGCAAGAAUCCCAGGACCAAAGCUCUCGUGUUGGAGCUGCUUGCCGCCGUGUGUCUUGUCAGAGGAGGUCAUGACAUCAUUCUCUCUGCCUUUGACAACUUCAAAGAGGUGAGCAGAGAAAAGAACCGCUUUGAGAAGUUGAUGGAGUACUUCAUCAAUGAUGACAGCAACAUUGACUUCAUGGUGGCUUGCAUGCAGUUCAUAAACAUUGUGGUCCAUUCAGUGGAGAACAUGAACUUCCGUGUUCAUCUGCAGUACGAGUUCACUCACCUGGCACUAGACAAGUAUCUAGAAGGUCUGAAGCAAACAGAGAGCGAGAAGCUGCAGGUCCAGAUCCAGGCAUACCUGGACAACGUGUUAGAUGUAGGAGCCCUGCUGGAGGACGCUGAGAACAGAGGAGGGGUGCUGGAGCAUGUGGACGACCUGCAGGAGCACAACGCACAGCUCAAUGCCCGGCUCGAGGAGAUUGAGAAUCGGACCGGGGAGAGAAUAUCUGAACUUGAGACUCAGCUCAUGCAGGCCACCAAGGAGACCGAGCUGCUCAAAGAAAGCCUGCGGGACUCCUGUACCCAGGUUAGUGCGCUGCAGCAGAGAGAACGGGAGCGAGAGCUGGACAGGGAGAGGGAGAAGGACAGGGAGCGUUUAAGCACCUCCACCCCUCAGACGUCUUCAGAGCUGGAGCAGAAGAUCCAGGAGCUGCAAGACAAGGGGUUGAUCCGACUUGGACGCAGUGCCUCUGGGGGUCUGGACAUCCAGGUUGUGCCCGUCACGGUGGUUGAAUAUGUUCAAACUCCAGCGUCCGCCACCCAGCCCAGUACUCCGGACUCUGUCACUGAUUCGGCCUCUCCAUCAUCCAGCCUUCCUGCUUCUGGACCUCCGCCUCCUCCACCUCCCCCUCCACCUCCUGGUGGGGCAGUCGCUCCUCCUCCACCGCCUCCACCUCCUCCUCCGCUUGGAGGAGGUCCACCACCUCCACCACCCCCCCCUCCUCUUGGAGGAGGUCCACCACCUCCACCACCUCCCCCUCCUCUUGGAGGAGGUCCACCUCCGCCUCCUCCUCCACCUGGUGGUGGUGGACCCCCACCGCCUCCUGGCGCGCCCAGCUCUCAAUCUGGGCUUAAGAGCAAGAAGCCCAUUCAGACCAAGUUCAAGAUGCCGUUGUUAAACUGGCAGGCCUUAAAACCAAACCAGGUGACAGGCACCGUCUUCACCGAACUCGAUGACGAGCAGAUCUUAGGGGAACUGAACAUGGACAUAUUUGAGGAACACUUUAAGACUAGAGCUCAGGGUCCUCCAGCAGACCUGUCCAAAGUCAAGAAGAAGCCACAGAAGGCCCCCAGCAAGACGUCUUUGAUUGAGGUCAACAAGGCCAAGAAUAUGGCCAUCACUCUACGCAAAGGGGGGAUGAAGCCAGGCUCCAUCUGCACCGCCAUAGAGACGUAUGACCAGAAGUCUUUGUCCAUAGACUUCCUGGAACUACUUGAGCCCUUCAUACCAACAGAGUUUGAGAUGAAGAUGUUGAAAAACUAUGAGAAGGAUGGCCGUCCGCUAGAGGAGCUUACAGACGAGGACCAAUUUAUGUUAAGCUUUGGGAAGAUUCCUCGUCUGAGGCAGCGAAUAAACACUCUCACCUUUAUGGGAAACUUCCCGGACACUAUCAAGCGCCUGCAGCCGCAACUGAACUCCAUCAUUGCAGCAUCCAUGUCCAUCAAGUCUUCAACCAAACUGAAAAAGAUCUUGGAAAUUGUUCUUGCCUUUGGCAACUAUAUGAACAGCAGUAAGAGGGGGGCAGCGUAUGGUUUUCGGCUGCAGAGUCUGGACCUUCUGUUGGAGACCAAGUCAACUGACCGCUCGCAGACGCUACUUCACUUCAUCACCAAUAUAAUCCUGGAAAAAUACUCUGACUUGGCCAGCUUCCACACCGAGUUACAUUUUGUAGACAAGGCAGCCCUCGUAUCACUGGACGGCAUUCUUCAGGAUAUCCGCUCAUUAGAACGGGGAAUGGAGAUGACCAAAAAGGAGUUCCUAGUGCAGGAUGACAGCCCGGUGUUGAAGGAAUUCAUCAAAACCAACAGUGAACAUCUGGACUCUUUGGUCAAAGACUCAAAGACAGCACAGGAAGCAUACGCCUCUGUGGUGGAAUACUUUGGAGAGAACCCCAAAACCAUGCAGCCUUCCAUGUUUUUCCCACUGUUUGGACGUUUUAUAAAGGCCUAUAAGACAGCACAGCAAGAGAUUGAGCAGAAAAAGAAAAUGGAGCGUGAAGCCAGUGAGGAAAAACAACAACCAUCAUCUCCGAGCAAGGCCGGGUCACAAAAGGGGCCCAUGAUGCCUAAAAUGCCCCAGAUGGACCUGAUAGCUGAGCUGAAGAAGAGGCAGGUGAAACCGCAGGUACGCGAGGGGAAGGAUGGCGCCCUGGAGGACAUCAUCACAGAUUUGAGGAACACACCAUACAGGCGGACAGAUGGUCGACGGUCAACGCCGCGCCAGGACACUUGAGCCACUUCUGGUCCGAGACUUUUUUUUUUUUUACAAAUUUAACGGGAAUCACACUCAAACAUACAGACAAUAAAACAAGC